GUCCAAGCGAUGGGGUGCACCGGCGCCUAAACGAGUGUUUCACAAACAGCAGUACCUUCAACGCCGAGUUCGUUACGCUGGAACCUAUGGAUCAUGCUGCAGCGGCAACAGUUACAUCUCACAAGGAAGCCCAAAUUCAUGGACAACAACUGUCUACAACAGCAACAGCUACUCUGGCACUAUGCCAUCGUCAUCUCACUCCAUGGUCUUCUCACAGGGUCUCACGGGAAAAAGCUGCGCUCGCUGUUCCAAUUCAUAUUUCACAUACAACUCAGGGUCAAGUCACACCGGUUUCGGUAGUUCUGACGAUAAAUCUCUGAGUACAAAUGCAAAAGAGGAACUUCAAACCUCGAGCAACAGUCCUUCGUCGAACUCAUGGAAGUCUUCGUCCAGCUGUGCAUCAUGUUCGAUGGGAACAGGAAGCGGCACUCUUUCCUACGUGCAAAAUACCAAUCCAUCCUUAGCAACUAGUGGCUUUUUUUCCUCGUCGUCGUCAUCCAGCAGCUUCUCCUCAUCAUCAUCGAGUUCAUCCUCCUCUUCAUGGUUCAGUACAUACUCGGACUCGCAAUCUAAUUCAGGUCAAAGCGGCUUUCAAAGUUCAAGUGCUGCUAGUUCUCAGAGUGGCUCGUCAGCUAAUGAAGCACAAACCGUUCAAACACAAAACAACAAUGGCAACCCACCGCUACUUUCAACGGGGCAGAACACUCCUGAGCUGUAUAGCUGCACAACAUGCUCCAGUGGAGUGGAAUCACCGACCAGUUCAGAUGUAAAAGAAGUCAUUCCAACGCCAAACAGUGGCCCCAGUUGGGCACAAGCGAGGUCCAAGUCCACCAGCUGCUUAAAAUGCUCACAAGGGAACAGUGAUACUAACAAUACCAGCUCGUCCGCUGGCUUUGAGUCGGAAAAAACUGGAAACAAAUUCGAGGCAGCCGAUUCGAAAAGCGACAUGGCCGAUAUUAAGAGUAGCUCUUAUGCCAGACCAACAAUUAUUGAGCAAAAAGACGCAGUAGAAUCAGAGCUUGAGAAGGAAGUUCCACUCCCUCCAACGGAUGAGGAGCUCAUUGCAACCAGUUGCACGAUGUGUUCGGGUGUUCCCAGUACGGGUUACUACUCCAAUGUAGAAGUUCCGACUUCAGCUCCAUCACUCAGCUGCUCCAUAUGUUCACAAAAAGCAACUAGCGCCGACACUUUUGCUCCUUCCGUUGAUUACAAAUUCGAAGCAACUAGAGCGGUUCCUCAGACAGAGGUUGAGCCUUCUUCAAAAAAAUGGGAAUACGUCUAUGACAAAGUUCAAAGCAUUCUCAAGAGCUUUGAGUAA